AUCCCAAGGUUAACGGAGGGGCUGUUUGGCAACUUCUGAAUAGGUAAGUGCUGAACCAGUAAGAGGUCUGAACCAUUAAGUGCUGAACCAGUAAGAGGUCUGAACCAUUAAGAGCUAGUAUAUUGCUUAACUAUUCAGAGGCAAAUGUCUGAUCAAUCCAGAUAAGAGCUUUAAUUAUCCUCGAUUUCAAGAGACUGUCAAUUUCUAACCUCAAAGUCACCGACUCCCAGAAAUCAUCUAAAAAUCUCAUCUUCUUCUUCUUCUUCUUUUCUCACUCUCUCACUCUUCCAAAUCGAUGGAGAGAUUCAUUCUUCUCUCCUUCUCCAUAUGCCUUCUCUGCACUUUCUCCAUUGCUACCAGCAAUGGGUCGCCGAAGAAAACUUAUAUCAUCCAAAUGGAUAAAUCGGCGAAGCCGGAGGAGUUUACCGGCGGCCACGGGGAGUGGUAUUCCUCCCUAGUGAAAUCGGUACUGUAUCAAGAGCAAGAAACAGGGGAAAGCUCCGGCGAGGAAAGGGUUCUCUACAGCUACCAGACGGCAUUCCACGGCGUCGCUGCUCGGUUGACGGAAGAGGAGUUGCAGAGGCUGGAGAAGAAACACGGCGUCUUAGCCGUCUUCCCGGAGACCGUUUACCGGUUACAUACCACUCGAAGCUCUCUGUUUAUGAGGCUUCUUGGAAAUGGAAAUGCUUCAUCUGAUCCGUGGGCUGGGAAGCUGAUGAACAGCAAUGUCGUCGUCGGCGUGCUCGACACCGGGAUCUGGCCGGAGAGCCCGAGCUUCAAUGACACCGGAAUGGGAGCCGUCCCCCGUCACUGGAAAGGCGAGUGUGAGGUCGGCCGAGGAUUCGCGAAGAACAGCUGUAACAGAAAGAUUGUCGGCGCCAGAGUGUUUUACCAAGGGUACGAAGCCGCUUCCGGCAAGAUCCCGGAGCAAGGGGAGAAUAAAUCGCCGCGAGAUCAGGACGGCCACGGCACCCACACGGCGUCGACGGUUGCCGGAUCCCCUGUUCGCGGAGCGAAUCUGUUGGGCUACGCUUAUGGCACCGCCAGAGGGAUGGCGCCCGGGGCGAGAAUCGCCGCUUAUAAAGUCUGUUGGACCGGAGGGUGUUUUAGCUCCGACAUUCUCUCCGCCGUGGAUCGAGCGGUGGCUGACGGCGUGAAUGUUCUCUCCAUAUCCUUGGGCGGCGGAGUUUCAUCAUACGGCAGAGACAGUUUAUCAGUGGCCACCUUUGGUGCCAUGGAGAUGGGAGUUUUCGUCUCGUGUUCUGCCGGGAAUAGUGGGCCGGCCCCGAUCACCCUCACCAAUGUAUCGCCCUGGAUCGCCACCGUCGGAGCCAGCACCAUGGACAGGGAAUUCCCGGCAACAGUAAAGCUCGGGUCAGGUCAAACUUUCACCGGAGCUUCACUUUACAAAGGUAAGAAGAACCUCUCCGUUAACAAACAGUACCCUUUGAUUUAUUUCGGAGGUAAUUCUUCCACUCCGGCGCCGCCCUCCCUGUGCCUGGAGGGGGCACUAGAUCGCCGCUCCGUCGCCGGAAAAAUUGUGAUCUGCGACCGGGGGGUUACCGCCCGGGCUCAAAAAGGCCUAGUAGUGAAGAAUGCAGGUGGUCUUGGAAUGAUCCUAUGCAACACUGCCGCUAACGGGGAGGAGCUGGUUGCAGACAGCCACCUCCUCCCCGCAGCUGGCGUGGGUGAAACCGCCGGCAUUGCAAUCAAGAACUAUGCUUUGUCCACUAGGAACCCCACCGCGACGCUUUCGUUCCUUGGAACGAAGACUGGGGUAAAACCAUCCCCGGUGGUGGCUGCAUUUUCAUCCAGGGGGCCAAACAUCUUGACCCUAGAAAUCGUAAAGCCCGAUUUCGUGGCCCCCGGGGUGAACAUCCUAGCUGGUUGGACGGGCGAUCUGGGCCCGUCCACCCUUCCGACCGACCUAAGGAGAACAAAAUUCAACAUCCUCUCCGGAACAUCAAUGUCGUGCCCCCACGUGAGUGGGGUCGCGGCAUUGCUCAAGGCCAGGCAUCCGGACUGGAGCCCGGCCGCGAUCAAAUCGGCACUCAUGACGACCACCUACGUCCACGACAACACCUUCAAGAACCUCAAAGACGCCUCGACCGCAAGAGAAUCAACGGUGUACGAUCACGGCGCGGGCCACAUAAAUCCAACCAAGGCCGUUGAUCCCGGGUUGAUAUACGACAUCACGCCUCAGGACUACUUCGACUUCCUAUGUACACAGGACCUCGAACCCGACCAACUCCGCCAGUUUGGGAAAUUCUCCAACCGAAGCUGCAAACACACAAUCUCAAACCCGGGGGACUUGAACUACCCGGCCAUCUCGGUUCUCUUCCCGGAAGACAGUAAGGUCUUGGCGGUGAGCGUUCGGAGGACGGUCACCAAUGUGGGCCCGCCCGUCUCGAGCUAUCACCUAGCGGUGUCAGAGUUCAGAGGCGCGACCGUCAAGAUUGAGCCAGACACACUGAAGUUCACCAAAAAACAACAGAAACUGUCCUUUAAGGUGACAUUUACCCGAAAAGAUGUGCAAGCGGGUCCCGAAUUCGGGAGCUUGAUUUGGAAAGAUGGAACUCAUAAGGUGAGAAGCCCAAUUGUUGUCACAUGGCUAACACCUCUGUGAUUUAUUGGUAUACAUUUUAUAUAGUUUGAUGCUAAAGAGCUGGGCAUGAACGAAUGGUCUAAAGGCCAUAAUAAAAAAUCUGUUCUUAGCCAGCCACAUAUUUGUGAUUUACAGUGUUAGCUUCUCUGGG